AUGCCUCAGCGGAAAAUGCGGAAAGUCACUCGUGCAUGCGAUGCCUGCAAGUUCAAGAAAAAAGCCUGCACGGGAACUCUGCCCUGUGGCCCAUGCGUGAGGCGAAAGGUUGACUGUACCUAUAAUACGACUUAUCACCGCGGCGUCGCCGUCAGCCCUCCGCCAUCCUUUCCGCGGAAUAACACGCCUUCUUCCAUUGAUGAGGCCCCUGCGCAGGAGGAUGCGACAGAAGAGCCUCUUCCAUCGAGGGCGUCUGCCGAAGUGACGGAACAGUAUUGGGGGCCAACAUCCGCACAUUCAUUCCUCGGUCGCGCCGUCCGUGAUCUCCCCACUACCACCUCCAAUGUGAUUGCGAGCCGAGAAGACCGGAGCCGCGCAUCAGCAACCUCGAUUUUCCUUUACGGGGACCGCGUCGCCCCCGAGGUGCAGCUCGAGGAUUUCAAGUGGCCCGACAGAGCCACAGCGGACGGUCUGAUCCGUCGAUACUUUGAGUUUGCGGCGCCGACCUACAGGAUCCUUCAUCAGCCGACGGUGGAGGCAAUUGUCCGUCGGCUAUACCAAAGCAACAUCCACGCGGAAAGCGGAACAUCGCUCUUGACACAAUCGGGGGAAUCGACGGCAUCUCGGGCCAUAGUGCUACUGGCCUUUAGUACAGCAAGUAUGUUCCAAGUAGAUCCCGAAGGGCGCAUGCGAGAUGCAGAUGAAGGAGGUUGGCGGGUCAGCGAGCUCUAUUAUAUCAAGGCAGACCAGUUGCUCUCUCACGAGACGGGGGCUCCUAGUCUUGAAUCGGCCCAGGCGCGCUUUCUUAUGGUGCUUUAUCUUGUGAGCUCGUCCAGAGCCCACAAAGCCUGGUUCACCCUGGGCACUGCCAUUCAGCUGAUAAUGGCGCUUGGGUUCCACAGCCGACGCCCGAGACGAGAUCCGGAUAGUGUUGAUUUGAUCCAACGCGAAUGCCAACGGCGCAUCCUGUGGUGCUCAUAUACCCUCGACAAGUAUUUGAGUGUGAUUCUGGGGCGGCCUAGGCUAUGGCACGACGAAGACUUGGACGAGGAACUGCCGGCAAGAGUUAAUGAUCAGGACUUGACGUCCACAACGAUUCAACCGCCUAAACGUGACUGCAUGAUGGACGCUCCGGUAUUCCAUGCACUAUUAGCACGCAUCCUGGCACAGGCGGCGAAGGAGCCGUACGUGGUCUCAGGAAUCUCCAGUCGUGAAGAGAUCAGCACCAUCCAAACACUGUGCGCGAGAGUAGCACAGUGGCAAGCCGAGCUUCCCCCGUUUCUAUCCGGAAUUAUCCACCCCAGCAGUCUGAUUCCCAGUUUCCAGCGCCAGUUGACGGUCCUCCAGCUGGCGCGAUACCAUGUCUUGAUGUUCAUUACUCGUCCGUUGCUACUACGAAACUACGGGCAGAUUUGGCCGGAUUGCGACCCCAGCUACCGUCAAUAUCUCAGUGUCUGCCUCACUGCUGCCCGCGACGCCAUUGAGCUGAUUCUGACCUUUGUGCGCGAGAACCAGCUCUUUCACGCCUUCUGGUACUCGCAGUACAUCGCAUUCAAUGCCUUGUCAAUUAUCUAUAUCUAUCUAAUCCAGGUCCAACGCGGUCGCAUCUUUCACAUCAGUCACAACUAUGCGCCGACUAGUCCUGACAACCGCUCAUCGUCUCUCGAUGAAGCGAUGUUAUAUUGUCUUUCCGAGACAGCCCAGUACCACCUCGCAGAUGCUACUGUCCGGAACGCUCCGUCGUGGAAAUACAGUGCCAUCUUGCAAGGUCUUCGACGCGAACUUGAGCGCCUGGGCCUAAGGCUACACUCUGACGGGUCACCUCAUGCGCCGGAAGGUUCAAAUCAAAUAGGAACAGAGCAGGACGGGCAAGACCCUUCGCACCCAAGUUACAGAGAGGUACGAGGUUUGGACACGGUUAACGCGGAGAAUCCACUGGCCGUAUCAUCGGGGACGCCAUAUCAGUUUCCAGGACCACAAAGAGCAAGCGAGCAGUUUUUGGUUGAUCCGCGGACAGAAUCUCUCUUUGACCUCUUUGCCAUGGACAAAGAUUUGAUGUUGGACUUCUGGCCUCAGCUGGAUACAUUGCCUAUUAGUAUGACUCCCUCCACUGGAUCCUGA